UCCGCCACAAUCUAUCGGCGAUAAUCGUGCUGCUCUAAAAUUCUUUUUUUUUUGUUUAUACUUGAAAAGCAGUAGUGGCUUUAUAAAAUUAAAACAUGUUGAAUGGACAGAUUACACACAGUUUUGUGGGCAACACAUGCAGCGUAGUGAUACCACAUCCACAUGCCAAGGAAAAACCAAAGCCCACGCCAACGCCAUCGCAUGAGCCAGCGGAUGCUUGUUCUACGGUCGUAGGAGGGUCGAUAGGGGAGAAGGGAACGGUGGGUGCUGCGACAAUACAUGUGAAUUUGGAUCGCAUAAGGAACGUCGAUAUAUUUAUUGGCGACAAUGAUUUGUACUUCUACGCAAAUGUCAAGUUAUAUAGAUUUCACAGUCGACGCACUUUCGACUUGAGGGGACUGAAAACUGUUUUCAUCAAAUACGAUACGAGUGAGAAUUGCUACCAGUUGCAUUUGCGCUGCCUGCCGCCCGUCGCCAUUGUGGGCAGCGGCGGCAACAAUGCGGCAGCUGGCAACAGCAGCGGUGGCGGCGUUGUGCCGAAACCAAAGACGGCGCGCAAGGAAUACAUUGCGGCAUUCCUUAAUCUGCCCAAACUGGCGGACACCCUGCAGGACAAGGAGCCGCUGGUGCACGAGUGGAAACUGAAGCGCAUCACCGAACAGUGCCAAUUGCAGUUGGAUGGCGAUGAGACCAGCUACAAGCUGAGCAGCCAUUUUUGCUACGGCUUUGCCAGUCAAUACAACGGUCCGCUGCAAACCAGCGAGCUGGAUAAGUCAACUUGCCGUGUGCCAGAGCCGCAACAAACAAGUCCGUUGCAGCGACGCCUGGAGCGUGUGAUCGACGAGAUGAAGCGCUUUUCGCGCGAUCAGUACAAAAUGAAUUUUGUGGAACUGCAGGUGCCAGCUGGUCAUCAGAAUCCAUUACGCUAUAAGCCGAAAAUUCACGAAACUUCCAUGACACAGGAGCAGGCGCAUUUGCUGCACAAUCUCUGCAGUCGUCUGCCCUCAACACCAGAAACACAGUCCAGUCAACGGGAACGCCAGGUGCAAAACGAGAUUGAUUGUGGCCUUAUCAGCAUUGUGUUGGCCAUAUGCUAUGAUGUGCGCACUACCAACAACGAUCCAACCUGCGAGUCAGGCUGGACACGAAGCAUAUUGUGCCCACUCUUCUGUUACUUCGAGCAGUUCGACAAUUAUCGUGAUGUGCUGGUAGCGUUUCUGCGACGCGUUAUCACUUAUCCGUUGUAUCGCAAUUUUGAGCUGGGACGUCAGUGUGUCAAGGAUGCCAUCGAAGUGCUAAAGGGUGGUCGCAACUGGUUGAUCAAUCAACUGCUGCUGACCCAUCAGCAAUUUGCCAAUGGCGAGCCAUGCCGUGAUAGCUUCAAUUCCUACUAUCUGGAGGAUUAUAUACGCUACAUGAGUAAUGCAAAGGUCUGCAGCGAUGAGCAUCUGCAUCUGCUGGCACGGAAUGUGAAGAACGUGUUGAUGGAUGUGAAUAAACGACAUUUGGAUCUGGGUGUUAUCGAAAUAGAGACUGAACUGAUCAAGGAGCUAAUGCAGGAGAUGCACAUCGAUGCGGGCAGUGGCAGUGAAUCGCCGUCACAACAGCAAAGCCACCAGGGUGACGAUGAAGGCGAUUUGGAUAACGAUACGUCCGGCCAAGACGAUGAGACAACGACCGAUGAUGACAGUGUUAUAACAGAUUCCUUCGACAGCAUGGAUUUGCGUCUCAUUGAGAACGAUGUCUAUGCUGUUGAUGAAGAGGACGAAGGCGACGUUGACGAUGGCGAAGAAGAGCAGUCGGAGGUUGAUGAUGACGAUGACGACGACGAUGAUGAUGAUGAUGGUAGCAAUUCAUCGACGACCACCACCAGCGAUGCUGAGGGCAAUAGCGUCAUCGAGCAGUGCACCAGCAACAGCGAGGCAGCCGCCUCGGCCAGCAUAAGUGCCAGUGCUAGUACGAGCACCAAAUAGAGAAGACACCACACAGCAGCCUGAUGCCAAAAUGUUGUCCAUUGUUGUCUGUCCUGCCAUGCCUAAAAAAACCAAUCAACCAACCAACAAACUUAAUGUCAAAGAACGGAGGCUAAACAGUGAUUACUUUUAUGCAAAAAUAUAAAAAGAAAAAAAUACAGAAACGAUAACAAAAACGAAAACACAAAACGAAAAUUAUAAAUUUUUAAAGAAAACUACAAAAAAAACAAUGAAACAAAUGGAAAUCUAUUUAAAUAAUUAAAUAAUGUACAAGAAUUUUAAAGCAAGAAAACACACAAACAAAUUGUUCAUGCCAAAUGCGAAAGAAUA